ACAGGAAUUCCUGGGACAUGGGCAACUGCAGAAGUUGGGGAUGGGAGGAACAGUGGGGGUAUAGGGGACACCAGGUGGUGAGGAUGGAGAUACUGGGGACUCUAGGAAGUGAAGACUUGGGUAGGGGAGCAGUGGUUGUUAGGGACGUCAGCGUUGCCAGGGUGGAAUGUUGUCUUUUGAACCCUGGUGCAUUCUGCCUGGCAUACAGUUGUAGAUGGCAGCUGCAGACCUGCCUGGACUCUUUCUUUGCUCAAGUUAUGGAAUCAGAAAGCAGCACUGACUUUCAAAAAGAUUUCUUAGGCACGAGUGGCCAGAAUGAAGCCUCUCAGCAAACACAGGCUAGCAAGGAGUCAAGCGUAGCGGCAAACAAAUUGAAUGAUAUUCCAGAGACACUGCAAGAGGUCAAAAACCACCUUGGGGAUGGAGCAGUAGGAAAUAUCACGGAGAGAAUAAAAGAGGCAGAGACAGAGGAGGAAAAACAAAGUAAUGAUGUAGGCAGAGCAAGCCCUAAAUGGAAAUCAGAAAACAAUGAAAAACAAGCCGGAAAAAAAGAAGCAACAAAAUCACAAACUGGCAACCCCUUAACCCUGACCCCUCUGUCCCAUAUUCCUCUGAACGCCCUGAUGCGUGUAGAAACGGAGCUGGUUUAUGCUGAUGAGGAGGAGAUCGCCUUUGAAUUCGCGGUGCCCGCAGCGCUCCUUGGCCGUGCUGAUGCCACCAGUGCAGCGACCAAUGGUGCAGUGCCCAAUGGUGCAGUGCCACGGCUGGAUGAGAAGCUGCGGGCGGCCCUGCAGGAGGCCAGCAGACAUUACAGGCAGAAGAACUACGCGGUGGCAGCAGGACGGUUCGCAACCGCACUGGAGCUUUGCAGUAAAGGUGCUGCUAUAGACAAGUCCUCCAAACCAUCUCCAGAAGACAUUUCCAGUAUUACCAGUUUUACUGAGACGAAGCUUGCAGUCUGCUACUUAAAACUGAGGAAGCCUGAUCUUGCUCUGAAUCAUUCACACAGGAGCAUUAUUCUGAACCCAGCCUAUUUCCGGAACCACCUGUGUCAAGCUGCUGUCUUCAGGUGGUUGGAGAGAUACUCCGAAGCUGCAAGGAGCGCCAUGAUUGCUGACUAUAUGUACUGGCUGACAGGAGGCACUGAGCAGCGUAUAAGCAAGCUCAUCAAACUAUAUUGGCAGGCUAUGAUUGAAGAAGCCAUCACCAGAGAAGAAUCUUUUUCAGUUAUGUACACACCAUUUGUGACAAAAGUCAAGGUUGACAACAGAGACAAGAUGACAGACGCGUUUGCUAAAAAGCACCCUGGCUACACACAGCACAUCUUUACAGAUCCCCGUGGACUUCAUAUUUUGCCACAGACGACCGACUGGUCUUCCUCCCCUCCCCAGCAGUACUUACUCACUCUGGGUUUCAGAAACAAACAAAUUGGAAAAAUCUUGGAAAAGCUGACAAGUAGAAAGCUGCCAAUCUUUUCAGACUGCAAAGCACCUUUCAGUCCGAUCCCAGAGGAAGAAUUGAAAAGACAGUGGGAGACCAUUGGGAAACAGAUCAUGCCAGUCAUGGAUUUUAUGAGAAGCACCAAAUUAACUGAUGAUGUCUGUGCAUGUUCACGUGCGAUAGAGAAGUUGCAUUACGCCAGCAUCCUUGGCCGGCUGCAGCAAGUCACGGAGCAGUCCCAGGUGAUUAAUCAAGCGAUGGCUGAGCUAGCAUCCAUCCCUUAUCUGCAGGACAUCAGUCAGCAGGAUGCUGAACUGCUGCAGUCGUUAAUGGCAGAUGCCAUGGACACCCUUGAAGGAAGAAGGAGCGAUAAAGAACGUGUGUGGAAUGAAAUCGAGAAGAUUGCGAUAAUUGUAGACUUCGUAUACCAAACAGAAGACAGUUACUUGAAGAACAAAAAGCGGAGAGCGGCGAAGAGGGAGAGGAGGAAAAUGAAGAAGCUUCAAAGUACAGAGCAACAUCAGAGCCUGGGAAGUACAAAGCUGUCCCUCAUCAGCCCUAAAGACAUGGCCACACAGCCAACAAGAGAAUUAGUGCCGCAGAUAUCUGAUGGGGAGGUCAGCCCAAGCCACCUCUUCACUUAAUGAGCCUUUCCCUCGCUAUGGGGUACCUGGAGCAAGACACUCCUGCACUUCAUUAGCCUUAACCGGCUGGAAUAAACGUCCAGGCAAGGCUUAGUUCAAAUUGCCUUAUUUAAA